CGAGCGGAGGCGGCAAAGCGGCAGCAGAGAGAGCGGUCCCUCCCCCUGCCCACCGCCGGCUGGCCCGGAGCCCAGCGCAGCGCGUCCUUCGGAUCGGCUCUGAGGCCCGGUGACAUUCUCCGGCCUUCGCUUUCUCUGCUGUCACGGGAGGGAACGGCCGUCAUGCAACUAUGAAGCGAGUACGCACAGAACAGAUUCAAACUGCUGUGGCUCACUACCUCAGAAGAAGACAAUUCGUGGACUCGGAUGGAGCCAUGAAGCAGGGACCGAAAUUUUCUCAGACUGCUGAAGAAAUGGCAACGAACUUGACAGUUCAGGCAGAGUCUGGGUCUCCCAAUGUGGUUUCUGCAGCUCCCUGUCAAGCUGAUCCUAAUCAAUAUGAAAUACAGUUCGGGAGGUUUAAAAUCUUCCUUUUUGAUGUAGAAUCAAAGUACAGCCGAGAAGUGAAACAACUGCUUUACCCCUUAUUUGUCUACCUCCAUCUUGACAUGGUACAUAGCAGUUUGAAGAGUGCAGCAGAUAGCUUCUACAGUCGCUUCCAUGGAAUGUUUCUGCAAAACGCAGAUCAAAAGGACAUCAUGGAACAGCUAAGGAGUACUCUGAAUAGCCAGGAUAUUUAUUCAAACUCCAAGCUGCGUACUCUAAUUGAAAACAAGUAUGUUGUUAGCCUUACUGAAGAAAGUUACAACUAUCUUCUCCGCUACCUCCAGAGUGACAACAAUAGUACAUUGUGCAAGAUUCUAGCCUCACGUAUUCACUUGGAUGUGCGGUGUUCUCAGCAGACUGGCUAUCAGCUAUACAGUGUUGGAGCCCUUUCUCGAAGUGAGGGGUUGGGCUUGGAGCCUUCAGAGAUACCCUCUGCCAUGUUACAGAAUGAAGCAGCAUUGGAGCUGUUGCAAGACAGUAUAAAACGAGUAAAGGAUGGGCCACCCUCUCUCACGACAAUAUGUUUCUAUGCUUUCUACAACACAGACCAAUUGCUGAAUACUGCAGAAAUUUCACCCGACAAUAAACUGCUUAGUGCUGGAUUUGACAACUCUUGCAUUAAACUUUGGAGCUUGCGAUCGAAGAAACUUAAGUUUGGGCCACAGCAGGUGGAUGUUUCUCGAAUCAACCUUGCAUGUGAUAUCUUUGAUAAUGAGGUGGUAGAUGAUGUGGGCAGUGAAAUGAAGAUCCUAAGAGCACACUGUGGUCCUGUGUACAGUACCAAGUUUCUCUCAGAUAAUUCAGGACUUCUCUCUUGUUCAGAAGACACAACAGUCCGAUACUGGGAUUUGUGCAGUUUUAAAAACACUGGUUUGUAUCAAGGGCAUGCUUAUCCAGUCUGGGACAUUGACGUUAGUCCUCUUAGCCUUUACUUUGUGAGUGGAUCGCAUGAUCGGACUGCAAGACUUUGGGCACUUGAUAGGACGUACCCACUACGUAUUUAUGCAGGUCACUUAGCAGAUGUAGACUGUGUAAAGUUUCAUCCAAACUCUAAUUAUGUGGCAACUGGUUCAAUAGAUAAAACUGUGCGGCUGUGGAGUACUCAGCAAGGGAACACAGUCCGCCUCUUCACAGGACAUCGUGGCCCUGUGUUGGCAUUGGCCUUUUCUCCCAAUGGGAAAUACUUAGCUUCAGCAGGUGAAGAUCAGCGACUGAAGCUAUGGGACCUCGCAUCAGGUACUUUAUUCAAAGAGCUGAGAGGGCAUUCUGACAACAUAACUAGCCUUGCAUUUAGUUCAGAUAGCAGUCUGAUCGUUUCUGCAUCAGUUGACAAUUCUGUCCGUGUCUGGGAUAUUCGUAAUACAUACUCUACUUCAUCGGUGGAUGGUUCUUCCAAUGAGCUAGUGGGUGUAUAUACAGGACAGACCAGUAAUCUUUUGAGUGUUCAAUUCAUGUCCUGCAAUUUGGUCUUGGUUACUGGAGUUGCACAAGAGAAAAAAGAAUCGUAAGCAGAAGAGAACCGUUCUUGUGUUUAGAAAGUACUAGAAAAUUUGGUCACGUGGACCAUAUGUAUUAUUAUUUUCUAGCAUGCUUUGCUCAAAUAUGUGUAUUCUAUUGGCUUGCAUUGAUUACAUCUUGUUGCAGCCAAAAUACCAGCUGUUGCACAAUUGUCCCAGUAUUUAGAAAGGAAAAAAAGAAAGUGGGUCAAAUCUUGGUGGUUCUCCUCUUACCUACCUAAGAUGCCCUGACAUGUUUAUACAGGUGCCCUGAAAUUUCUGGAUCACUCCAUUUAUAGCCCUGUUCAGGUCCACUAGGCACAGAAGUCAUGGUCGAUACAAGGCUAGGUUAAGAUGCGGGUUUGGUAAUACCGUAUUGCCAUUCAAGAUGUAAAUUUGACAGUUUUCUAUGUUGGCUGCUGUAGGUUCAGCUGAAGAAUGGAUUAUACCAUUUGAAUACAAUCAUCCAAAAGGUGACUAGUAAGUUCUUCUGUAAUUUAUUUAGUCUGAUUUUUGUAGUCUGACCAGACUAAAUCCCAAUUGAGUUGUUUUGUGACACUAGCCCAGAUGUUUAACCAUGAAAUUUCUGGCUGAUACACUUGUAGGGCAGGGGUUGAUUGUGAAUAAUCCACAAAAAUUGUAAUCUGUGAAAGUUUUUGUAAUUGAAAUUAAGGUUGUUUGAGAAUGAUAAAGUACUUUGAUAUAAAGCCAUGGGCCUUUUUAAAGAUUAAAUGAACCUUCCCAUCUCCAGAAAAACAUUAAUAUGCAUUAAUGUCAAACUGAAAAUUAAAGAGUUUUGCA